AUGCUUUUCAAGUCUCUUCUUCUUGCCGGAACGGCUUCGGCUACUUGCCUCUCUGGGCUCAGCAAGUUCAAGCGUGCAGAGGGUGAGGAGGGUGUCGUUCAGGUCGGCCAGUUCGGAUACACUGGUCUAAUCGGUCCCCUCAACUGGGCAUCCAUUGCUCCCGAGAACGAGGAGUGCAAGAGUGGAACCACGCAAUCGCCCAUCAACGUUGUGGAUGGUGUCAUUCCCAUUUCAGCCGACAAACCGACAAUCGAUAUCCCUCAGCAGGCCGUCGAGUUUGAGAACUUGGGCACCACCGUUGAGCUUGUCAUCAAUGGCACGACCAAGAUCGCUGACCAGGACUUGGUCAUCAAGCAGGCUCACUUCCAUUUCCCUGGCGAGCAUCUCGUCAACGGCGAAUACUAUCCUGCUGAGAUGCACAUUGUGCACGAAGCCCGCACCGACCCCAACACCAUCGCCGUCAUAUCCGUUCUGUUCCAAAUGUCGGCCGAUGCUGCCUCCAACCCACUCCUCACCGGGCUGCAACCCCAUCUCCAGGCCAUCGCCAACCCCGGCACCAAGACGGCCAUCGAGGGCGGCCUCGACUUCGCCGGCCUCGUCCAGCACGUCCAGGACAGCCCUCUCUACCAAUACUCUGGAUCUCUCACGACGCCUCCCUGCGCCGGGGGCGUCACCUUCCUGAUCGCCCAGAACCCCAUGGACAUGCCCGUUGACAUCUACAACGCGAUGAAGGCGAUCGUGGGGUUCAACGCGCGCUACACGCAGGCCGACCUCGACAUGGGCGUCAACCUCAUCGAAGUCGCGACCAAGGCCGGCACCGCCGAGCAGUUCCCCGCGCCUGCCGGCACCGGCAACGGUACCGAGCCCACGCCCACCGUCGAGGCCGUUGCCGGCGCGCCCCCGGCCGUCACGAAGGGACAGACCAUCGUGCUCAGCGAGAUCUCGGGCCAGCCUACCAGCGUGCUCGCCAUCAUCGUUUAA